AAUUUGCACUUAAGUCGAAAAACGAUCUCAAAAUUUCUCUGUUGACUUCCAGCGGGAAGCUUCCAUCUUGAAAGUGCCAGUAUACGGGUCAAGGCCACAGCAUCGUUGGAAAAAUUUUUAACCUGUCCUUGGCAAGCCUCAAUUAACUCUACUUGUGUAGCAGCGGGCAAGUUGAAGCAGGCUCGGUGAAAGAGGCUGGUACCUUCUUUCUGGCCUCUCUUGAAAGUCGUGUCCUAAAUCAGUAAAAUCAGUGGAGCUCUACUAACUUACCUUUUGAAUGUCAGCAAAGACAAAUUUGCAAACUCUGACAAAGUGAAACAGUGUCAGAAAAUGCACCAUAGAUGAAGACAGGUGGCGUAGCAAAGAAUACUAGUACACAGUUGAAUUCUAACAGUGGGAAGAAAGAUGGUUCCAAAAUGGGUCAAAAGAAAGAGACAGAAAAGAGUAGUAAUAACAGUUUCACUAUACCAGCAAUGUUCAAAAUGCAGAGAAAGCGUAACAUAGAAGCAUUACAGCAAAGUGAAGACAUUGAAAUCAUUAAAGAAGUCUCUCCUUCAAAGUAUUUCAAACAAGAAGCAGGUGUAAGUAACCAAAUGGCCAGAAAUCAAACCAUGGCAAAGUGUGAAAGCCCUGCAAAAAGAAUAUCUUUAAGGCUUAAAAUGAAAAGAGGACAUGAUUGCAACUUUGAGAAAGUCGACAGUUCUUUGGACGACCAGAACAAGAUUAGCAGUCAUGAUGUUAAAGCAUCGUCUUUGUUCAAACCCGAAGUCAAAAACAGGAAAGUAAACAAAGACAAGCUUUCUUUGAAAAGGAGAAAACUAGAGCAAAAUGAUGAACAGCCUGUAAGUACAUCUUCAAACCACUCUGUGAUCUUAAAUUCUGAAACUGAGUUGAGCAAAAAACCUCCGCCCAAGAGUGAAGGCAAAGUAUCAACUUUAAGAGUUUGUGAUACAAAAGAGACAAACAUUAUUCACAGUAUUGGCAAUAGAUCCGAAAAUGACCAGAAAAAUAUAACAGGAAAACAACAGGAUUCCGUGAAUACCACGCCAACCAGAUUGGAUAGCAGUUGUGAUGAUGAAGGCUCUGCAGUUGUAGACGAAAACAGAAGAAAAAUGGACAAGUCGUCAAAUACCAGUGAUAGCCCAGGUCCACAAAUGUCUGUUAUAAGUAAAGAUGAAUCGCACCAAACUGAAGACCAAGAGAAAGACCAAGAGUUCCACAUGCCAUAUUACCUGGAAAACUUUAAACUUAUAAUUGAAGCAGUGCUUUCUGAUAGUUUUUACAAUCACCUGUUUAUUGAAGAGGAAUUCGGAAUUGUAGAAAAAUUUAGAACUCUUGAAGAGUCGGAGCAAAAAUUGUUUGUACGCCUUUAUGGGAGAAGGCACAAAUGGAUCCGCCAAGCCAAAAUUGUCUAUCCUAAAAUUGAAAAGGACCUAAGUAAUGUUCUGCAAGGAUUGGUCAAUGCUGGAUUCAUAUUAGAUGAAACCCAUCUUACUGAUGCUGAAGAGACACUGCAUAAUCUCCCUGCCCCAGAACUCAGAGAAUUGGCAAAAUCAUUUAAACUCAACUUUAGCAACCAACACAGACAGCAGAUUGUGCAGCAGCUUCUCCAACAUGGCAAGCAGAAUACAAUAAUGAAUAUGUUUGGAGGGAACAAGGGAGGUACUGCAGCCACAGUUGUAAAAAGGGCUAAAAGCUUCCUUGGCAAGUGUUACAAGGUCACCCCAGAGGUGAGAGCAGUUUUCAACCGUAUCCUGACUUUGUUUUCUCUGACCACCUCAGCUACAGUACAGGAUGAGGAUUCCCAAGGUGCACAGCAACAAUUGUUUCAGUUACUUAUGACAAACAUAGGGAAGAUUGUUUAUCCAUCAUACACUGUAAAUAGGACAACAACUGUGUUCAAGACCCGAACAGAACUUCUUUGGUAUGAGGAAGCUUUGCAAUAUGAAAAUGACAUUUUUAACGCUAUGGAACAGAAAGAUUACACUGCUGCUAGAGAUAUCUACCUCUCUGCAAAAGAUGUUUUUCACAAACAAUCUGAGGACCUGAAGAGGCAUAUUCAAUCCUUGCCAAGUCACUUGAAAAAUUUCAGUGCUGGUUACUUGUAUACACGGGUGCUUUCCUAUGGUGUUGAAGCCUUGCAGAAGCUGAGGUUAUACUCUGAUGCUGUCGACCUGUUGGAGGCUCUGCUGGGGCAGGAGGAGUACUGUCAGGCAUACAGGGGACGGUGGUAUGACAGACUGGCACUUAAUUUGGGACAGCAUCUGAAAAACCCAGGCAAGUCCUUGGAUGUAAUUGCAAAGGGGCUAGCAGACCCAUUGGUGAGAACAGGACAUCGGUAUGCCUUGUACCAACGUGCAUACAGAAUAUGUACUUCACCAAGUGGUAAACAGAUGAAGAGAAGGCUGGAGGAGUUCCAGCAUGAUCAUGUAAAGGAAGCACCCAAGGUAUAUUUUGAAGGUGUUAUGAUGCCUUAUGCCAAAGUUGGCACAGGAAACUACUUCAUCAGUCAAGAAUCUGGGGCUGAAGGUCACCCCGAGGAUGUUGUGCUUUGCAGAGUCGAACAACUAGCUCUGCAGCACUAUUCUUCUAAGGGCUAUGAAGAAGGAAUCCAUGGUGAAAUGUCUACAAUGCUGACACUACUAGGGUUGUUUCUUUGGGAGGAAAUAUUCAUGAAUGUUACGGAUGUCUUUCAUUGUCCAUAUCAGUCUUUUCCUCUGGACCUUAAUACAGACAGUUUCUAUCACAACAGAAAGGAAGCAAUAGAUGGCAAACUUUGUAGAAUAAGAGGUGCCACUUUGGAGACAUUACAUAACAUGUUACAAAACACCUGGGAUGACCAGUAUGGUAAGAGAGCUGCCCAUGUAAACUGGGAGAUAUUCAAGGAUGUGGACCAUGCCAAGGGGCUUGUGUCUUGUAUAGGUGGUGAAAUUCUAGCAGGUAUAUUUCAGCGAAUAGUCAGAGAUAUCCGUAAUACAACUUCAGGAUUUCCAGAUCUGACAGUGUGGAGUCCUGCUUCCAACAAAUUCAAGAUAGUAGAGGUAAAAGGGCCAAAUGACAGGCUGUCUGUGAAACAGAUCCUGUGGUUGGAUUAUCUGCUGAGGUUGGGAGUAGAAGCUGAAGUUUGCCAUGUGUCUGCUGUAGGUGCUAAGAGAUUACAGAAACCAGAGAGAGCAGAUACUGAAAAACCAGAAUGUGAGAAGUUUGACUAAUCGUAUUUUCAUAUAUCUACAUACAGCAAUUUGAAUUUAUUUUCCAUGACUGUGCAAUUAUCUUGUAAACAGGCAACAGUAUGUAUUGUUUGGUGCCUAUAAAUAUCAUCCUUGUGGAAGUCCUCAGUAAUGACUCUGAAAAUGUAGCCAUAUAAUGAAGGACUUUUAUAUUUAUACUUCAUUAAACUCUAUAUAUGUGACUAUUUAAUGGUUGUGAUAUUUAAAUUCUGUAAAAGUGAAGUUAACUAUCUUCCUUACAAGCAAUUAUUGAAUGCAAUAUCCUAGAAUUUCCUUUUGUAGCAAAAAUAAAAAUGUCUAUAGA